AUGAUGCUUGGGCGUAGUUUACCAUCGCGAUCUGGUAGUUUCCGGCCGGAGAAUCUAGGUCAAAACGCCUUGGCUUUAAUCGGAAACGUCUUCUUCACGUUUUUUGUAAUCGGUGUUUUAGUCUUCACGAUUAUCGCCGCGACCUAUGAACCUGAGGAUCCAUUGUUUCAUCCUUCAACUAAAAUCACAAACUUCCUCACUUCCACUUCCAAUGCCACAUUUGUAUCCGAUAGCACCGUCGUGAAAACCGGCGAGGACUUCAUGAAGGCCAACGAAACUGCAUUUGGCACAUUUAUCAACGCUUCCGAUGUUAUCAAAGCGGCGAAAUGGGAUGCGGAAGGUGAGACCGAAGAAAAGGAAGCACGCGAUUGUAGUGACGAGAUUGAUAAACCUAUAGAUUGUACAGAUCCAGAAGUUUUUCAUCUCAUGAUGAGUGCUGCUAUCGAUCAGUUCAAGGAUAUACAUUUCUACAGAUUCGGGAAACCCGUUCGUGGAAUGAAUGACAGUUCUUGUCACAUGGCAUGGCGAUUCAGACCUAAAGAAGGGAAAACCGCUUCACUUUACAAAGACUAUCGGAGCUUUGUAAUCUCUAGAUCUGUGAAUUGCAGCCUUAGUGUAGUCUCCAUUGGUGAUUAUCAUUCAGGAGGUAACGCAAGGAAGAGGAAGAAGCAUCAGAAACCCGGAUUUGAGAAAACCCCAAUGGGAGAAGAUGAUAAGAACAGUGGGAUACAAGUGGUUGGAGAAACUGUAAACGACUCCCUCCCUGUUGUUGAAUCAGAGAAAUCAUUCGAUCAAGGUAAGUACUUACUCUACAAUGGUGGUGGAGAAAGAUGCAAGAGCAUGGAUCAUUACCUAUGGAGUUUCAUGUGUGCUUUAGGUGAAGCUCAGUACUUAAACAGAACUUUAGUAAUGGACUUGAGUAUCUGUUUAUCAUCUGUUUACACAAAGUCAGGUCAAGAUGAAGAAGGUAAAGACUUCAGAUUCUACUUUGACUUUGAGCAUUUGAAGGAGUCUGCUAGUGUGUUGGACCAAGGUCAAUUCUGGUCAGACUGGAACAAAUGGCAUCAAAAAGAUGGAUUAAGUAUUUCACUAGUGGAAGAUUUCAGAGUAACUCCCAUGAAAAUGGCUCAUGUGAAGGACACUUUGAUAAUGAGAAAAUUCGGAAGUGUAGAACCUGAUAAUUAUUGGUACAGAGUAUGUGAAGGUGAAGCAGAAUCUGUUAUUCAAAGACCAUGGCACAUGAUAUGGAAAUCAACAAGAUUAAUGAACAUAGUUUCAUCAAUAUCUUCAAAAAUGAAUUGGGAUUUUGAUUCUGUUCAUGUUGUAAGAGGCGAAAAAGCUAAAAACACAGAACAAUGGCCGAAUCUUGCUUCGGAUACUUCACCUGAAGCUCUUUUAUCAUCCCUUCAAGAUAAAGUUGAUGAUGGAAGGAAUCUUUAUAUAGCAACUGAUGAACAAGAUGUUUCCUUUUUUGAGCCUUUGAAAGAUAAGUAUUCUACUCAUUUUCUUGAUGAAUAUAGAGAAUUAUGGGAUGAAAAUAGUGAGUGGUAUAGUGAAAUGAGUAAGCUGAAUAAUGGUGUUCCUGUUGAAUUUGAUGGAUAUAUGAGGGCUUCUGUUGACACUGAGGUGUUUUUGAGGGGUAAAAAGCAAAUUGAGACGUUUAAUGAUCUUACUAGAGACUGUAAGGAUGGGAUUAACACGUGCACUAUAUCAGCUAGCUGA